UUUCUUCUUUGAUUCGUAGAUUGUGCAUUUAGUUCCUAGCUACCCUUUCCUGCUUCUCUAGUUAUUUAAUGCCGGAAAAUCAAAAAAAAAUAUGUUGAAACAAAUUUCUCGGCUUGUUUCAAGUGAAGUUACUCAACUUGCUUUCACUUGUCAAAGUUUAUCCUAUUAUCUUCUGUAAAUUAAAUAAUGUUCUGAAGUUCGUAUUUAUCUUUUAAAAAUCUUUUAAAAUAACCAUUUUCAAAACCUCCAAAUUUUCCUUAUUAGAUAAAAAUGGCUAAAGAAAGAGUUGCGUCAAUACCUUCUUUCUCAAAAAAGGUUGUCCAUGCAAAAGAGAAGAAGAAGAAGAGAGCUACUUUUUGUCCAAACAGUUCAAACAAAUCUUUACCUAAAACAAGGAAUAAAAGCUAUCAGUGGAGUGGGGUUAGUAAAUCAGCUCUAAAGAAGAAUAAUGAUGAGCUUGCCAAAGUUCUCAAUAGAUAUAAGGGUGGGUUCGCUGAGAAAGAGAAAGAAAUAUUAAGUUUAAAGAGUGAAAUUAUGGCUUUAAACCAGGAAAAUAAUGCUUUAAGACUACAGAUGGACCAAUCUGAAGAGUUAAAUGGACGCAAGCUUAGAGAACUUAAAAAUAAUCUGAACAGUGCUCUAGACAACCUUUUCAGUCUCCAGGAUAAUGUAUCUAAAUCAAUUAGUAUAACAAACAGCAGUUUACGUGCAUCCCAGGCAUCCAGGGCAUCCUCUUCAUCUUCCAGGAUAUCUGCUCCAUUAUCUUUUACAUCUAGGAUAUCAGGACCUCCAUUACAGGAGACAGGCAAAGCUAAUGGUUUGUCAAAUAUACGAUUCCGGGAUGCUUCGUAUCUUGUUCCGCACAAUUCACCGCCUAAAAAUCUUCCACAGAAUAAGGUAUCUCCUAUGGUCGCAGGACACGCUAUCUCUCGCCCUCGUAUUCAGCUUGCUAGGAUGGAUAUGAGAGAAGCUUAUAUUCAAGCUACACAGGAGAAUGUUGAACCAGUCGAAGCAGAACAGGAACAAGAAGCAAUAGAGCAGGAAGAGGCACCAGAAAUCAUGGUGAUUAUGAUCCCCCCACACACACACACACACACACUCUUAGCAAAGUCAUUCCACCUUUUUAAUCACCAAAAAAUUUGAAAUCGUUUUGUUCUAUAAUAGUGUCCAAAAUGCAAAUGUAGUUCCUAUCACAUUUGAUACAUAAAAAUGACGCCUGAUGGAAUAUUCUCACAAAUAAAGGUGCAACUAGUUUAGCCUU